AUGUGGGAUUCUUGUUAUCUGAUCAAUAAGGAUAAGGUGUCAGCUGACACAGCGUUUGCCAACUGUUUAGACACCGGUGGCUACCUGGCUAACUUUGAAACUCUAGAAGAGGCUUUGCGAAUGAAAAAGGUUCUAAAGAAAAUGAACACAGGAAUUCACUUCUACGUUGGAGGAAGAAACAUAAACAGAAGAAAACCAGGAGGGGACUGGAGGUGGAUCAAGCAUGGACAAAUGACCAAGAUGACGUAUCAUGCCUUUGGUGUCGGACAACCCGAUGGAUCGGACCGUUCUCCCCAGGACUGUAUGUUCUUUUUCGCGGGAGAACGGUACACGUUCCACGAUGUCUGUUGUGAUAAUGGUACACACCUUGGUGGCUAUAUCUGUGAAGCAUGAAAAUUGUCGCUUUAAUUAUAAUAC